GUACAGUACUCAUUAAUUGCUAAUUUUUCCUCAUCAACAAUUGUGUUGUGCUAAUACUGUAUAGUGUUUUAUAUAUGAAAUUUUGUAUUAAUUCUUUUUAGUGCUUGUUCUUAAUUUAUGAAAGAUAUUUUAAAAUACUUAUGGUAGAAGACUGCCAGUCUGAUCGACUGGGCACAAAGCACUGUCCCUUGGUACCUAGUUCUGCAUUCAGGACAGCAUUUUAUACUGUUUCACUUUUACUUCCCACAUUGCAUCCUUGUUGUGCUGUGCAUUUUCAUUCUAUGUUAUGAGCCAAUUUCAGAUCAAUGUUAAUAUAGAAAUCCUUUACAUAUGUACAUGUAUGUGUGUAUACAAUCAUGUAUGUGUAUAAAUGUAUGUGUAUAUAUGUGUUUAUGUAUACAUGUAUAUGUACAGUGUGUGUAUCUAUAAGUAUAUGGUAUCAUGUGUUUAUAAUGAAUAUAAUAAAAUUGUGUAUGCUCACUGAGGGUCCUUAACUGGUGAAUAAAUAAAUAAAUGCAUCUCCUUUUAAAUGCUUUUAACAUUUACUUGUCUGUCCAUACUUUUGUAUCCACAAAUAAUGUUUACAAUUGUACCCUGAAAUCCCUUGUAACACCCCAUCCCCUUCACUGUUUUUUUUUUGUUUUUUUUUUUAUAUACAAGUUUAUGAAUUCUGUGCAAAAUGUGGAUUGAAAUGUCCCAAGUCAAGACCAAUCAACGCUGCAUACCAGCGGCUAAUCGCAGAGUGUCUUUCCGAACCGCUUAACCAAUGACAAGUGUCGUAAGAUAUGAGAGCGCCGAUUUCGAUUUGCUUAUAAACUGCAGUGUUUCCGAUCGGGCACUUUAUUCUAUCCGAAUAAUUGGAGAAGAUGGCACGUACAAAGCAGACCGCAAGAAAAUCUACUGGAGGCAAAGCCCCACGAAAACAGUUGGCUACUAAGGCCGCCCGUAAGAGCGCCCCAGCCACCGGUGGCGUCAAGAAGCCCCACAGAUACAGGCCAGGAACUGUCGCUCUUCGCGAGAUCAGACGGUACCAGAAAAGCACUGAGCUUCUCAUCAGGAAACUCCCAUUCCAGCGUCUGGUCCGUGAAAUUGCACAGGACUUUAAGACCGAUCUGCGUUUCCAGAGCUCUGCCGUUAUGGCCCUUCAGGAAGCUAGCGAGGCCUACCUUGUAGGACUUUUUGAGGAUACCAACUUGUGCGCUAUCCACGCCAAGAGGGUGACCAUCAUGCCCAAGGAUAUCCAGCUUGCCAGACGUAUCCGUGGCGAGCGAGCUUAAUUUCACUCGUGUGACACUCAAACAAACGGCCGUUUUCACGGCCACCUAAUUCUUUCGAAAAGAUGCCUUCAUAUUGCUCUUGAUCAAGAAACUUGUCGUGAAUAAAGUAUGACUGAAUGACAUGCAUAACCCUACAUCCACAAACUACUUGACCCAAGUCUGGUAAAUUUCUGUAAAAUAAAAGUUAUAACGCAACUUCAGUAAUGAAACUAAAUGCUGCGAAUGAGAACACGUACAGCUAUACUGUCAAAACAGUAGUAUACAUUGCAGAGCAUCAAUUGUAUAGAUGACAACAAAUGCACAUUGAAAAUCCUUGUCAGCAGGAAAGUACACAACAAACCUAGAGAAUAGCUGUAUAGAACGUACUAAGAACGCAUACAUAGAGAAAUCUGUACUCUGUAGUACACACUAAAACAACCUACCUUAAUUCUAGAAGGGUCAGAUACUACGGUAUUUCAUUCAACCAACACGGGGCUUUUGAGGGCAUGUAAAGCAUGCAUUAAUAAGAGAAUGGGGUUCAAAUAAUAGCUAGCAUCAAUAGCGCACGGAGAAAUUCUAUAACAACAACAAAAUAUAUCAAUAAAAACCCAGAUGUAGAAAUAUGUAGACGUUAGGGGGGUCAUGAUUAUUCUGAGAGGUCAAUGAAAUCUUCACUUCGUAUUACAUUCUUGCGUAUAUAAUCACAGAACAUCGUAUAUUUCAUUAUGUUAAUUCAAAUCUUGUCUGAAAUCAGUAUUACACGUGCAACACCGUGUUAAAUGUGUGCAGUGCAGAAAUGUGAACUCUGACAUUAAUGAUUGUUAUUUAUUUAUAUUGUUGUAAUUAAUUACUAGUUAAUCUGUACACCCCCACCCCCUUGAGGGCCCUUAAUUGAUGAAUUAACAUGUCAUAACAUUUUAUAUCAGGAGACCAUACAUACAGUCUAACAAAGGGCUUGAAUUUCUUUUUCAACUUGCACAGAUAUAAUAUUUCUUAUUUUCAACAUGUUGAGUAGAAAUUUGCUUAGCUUGGUUAAUAAUGGAUUAUCUUUAUUAUCUACCUUUUCUCUCCCUUUUUUUUGUUGUUGUUGUCUUUUGGAUAUACUAUAGUAGACUUUCACAGUUGUGAGCCAUGUUUUCAUAUUAAUUACCCUAAUAAAAACAAAUGCUAUUGUUGUGUGUUGAUCAAAAGGAAAACAAAACGAUGAUUUAAAAAAAAAAAACAGAACAGAAACUAAGCU